AUGGAACAAUCCAAAGCAACUUGUACUUUGAAAGUGAAUAUAAACUGUUGCAACGAUUGUCGAACAAAAGCAAGGGAAAAGCUGCAAAAAAUCAGCGGAGUGGAGGCCGUCGACAAUGAUUCCAAAGGGGUGCUUACGAUUUCUGGAAAAGUAAACCCAAUGGUUAUUGUGAAGAAGAUUGAAAAAUGGGGCAGAAAGGCAGAGCUUUUGUCUUUGGAGCAGUCCCCUAAUCGAGCCACUGAUAAUGGCGAUCCCCAUCAUGAAUUAAAAUGCCAUACGAACGACGACUGUUGUUGUCAUUGUGAUUCCAUUUCCGAUUCUGAAUCUGAAAUUCAAAAUGGUCCCGAGGCUGCUGUAUCAAACAAGACCAACAAUCCCAGCAUCACUUCCAACGACCAAACCACAAAGAGUAAAGCCAUGAAAUGGUGUUUCGGAUUGUUUCGUAAGAAAAAUGAAGCAAAGGUAACCAUGGUAGAGGCACCACCUUCGAAGGGGGAUGGGCCGUCGAGAUGGCAAUUUCCAAGAACACCAAUGCUAGAUUAUGGUGGUGGUCCUAGGCCAUACUAUCAACCUUUUCGGCCUUAUCAUCCGCCGCCAAUGAUGGGAAGGCAUCCGGGGCCUUCGCGUUAUCCGUUUGGGGUUAUGCGUCCACUGCCAAUGCCUCCAUACGGCGUUUUCAACUCUCGACCACCACCUAUGGUUAACCCGAUGAUUCACUACACAAGUUAUGCUGAUAAUUAUAGUCCAUGGUGAAAUUGUUUACGUUUGAACAUAUUAUGUUUGCCUUUUGCUAAGGACAUG